GAGGUUCAGAAUGCCAGAAACAACUUCGACAAAUGGAUAUUCAAACGGCCAUUCCGGCUACGAAAUGGCUGAUGGGGCUGAAUUCCUCUUCACAUCCGAAUCCGUCGGCGAGGGACAUCCAGAUAAAAUGUGUGAUCAAAUCAGUGACGCCAUCUUAGACGCACAUCUUGAACAAGAUCCCAAUGCAAAAGUUGCCUGUGAAACCGUUGCAAAAACUGGAAUGAUUCUUCUCUGUGGUGAAAUUACAUCAAAAGCUGUCGUUGACUAUCAAAAAGUUGUCAGAGAAACAGUAAAGCACAUAGGAUAUGACGACUCUUCAAAAGGAUUUGAUUGGAGAACCCUGAAUUUGCUAGUAGCUGUAGAAGAACAAUCUCCGAAUAUAGCAGAAGGUGUUCACGGAAACAGAGACGAACUAGAAAUAGGGGCAGGGGAUCAGGGUCUUAUGUUCGGUUAUGCCACAGAUGAAACAGACGAAUGUAUGCCACUUACAGUAGUAUUAGCACACAGACUGAAUCACAGAAUUGCUGAUUUGAGACGAUCUGGAGAAUUCUGGUGGGCCAGACCAGACUCAAAAACACAGGUUACCGCAGAAUACACUUUCCAACGUGGCGCCUGCAUUCCACAAAGAGUUCACACAGUCGUUGUUUCACUCCAACACAGCGACAAAAUCAGCUUGGAAGAAUUGAGAACCGAAAUCAAGGAAAAAGUUAUUAAAGAAGUCAUUCCAGCCAAGUAUCUCGAUGACCAAACAGUCAUUCAUAUCAAUCCAUGCGGUCUCUUCAUUAUCGGAGGACCUCAGAGUGAUGCAGGCCUAACUGGUAGAAAAAUCAUCGUAGACACUUACGGAGGUUGGGGAGCACAUGGAGGUGGCGCUUUCUCUGGAAAAGAUUUUACAAAAGUUGACAGGUCCGCAGCUUACGCAGCUAGAUGGGUAGCUAAAUCAUUGGUGAAAGCAGGACUUUGCCGUAGAUGCUUAGUGCAAGUAUCAUACGCUAUUGGCUUAGCCGAACCCCUUUCCAUUACAGUAUUUGAUUAUGGAACUUCGAAACUCACUCAAAAGGAAUUGUUGGACAUUGUAAACAAGAACUUCGAUUUAAGGCCUGGUAAAAUUGUCAAGGAGCUAAAUCUAAGACAACCCAUCUACCAAAAGACCAGCACCUACGGCCACUUCGGACGGGAUGGUUUUACGUGGGAACAGCCUAAAACACUGCACCUAAACUGACAACCUUCCGUAACAAUAUUUUAGAAAUCUUUUAUUGAUCGCACUAGAUGCCUCCUUUUAGAUUUUAAGUUUAGGAAAAAAUUUCUGUGAUUGGCGCUCUGAACCUUGAGACCGACGCGAUUUUUUGCCUCUCUGAAUGUAACAUUCUACGGAGCAAAGUAUCGCGUACUAACAAGUAACUGUCGCAAAACGUGCCCACAGGUUCCCGAUAUAGACCACAGUGGCGUUUAAAGCGUUACUGCAAUUCAGUGUGAGUCAAACGUUCAGUUUCAAGUUAGAUAUUACUCGCACAUUGUGUUGUGUUUAAGAGAAAAAAUAAUUUGGAAAAGAGCAUUUCUAUAAACACUCCGGACUGUAUUGGGAAUGGUGGUCAUCCAUGCAUGUUGCAAGUUCUUGCAAAAACAAUUUUUGUAUUUUAUACAAUUCGACAGUGUUCACUGGUUGUAAAUUAUAUUUUAUUCUAAUUUUUUAACCUACAAUUCUACAUUCCCUUGUUAUUUUAAAAUAAUCGUCAAAUCAACAUAGAAUUUGCAAGAAACAUGUACAAUGGGCAUUUAAGAUCAGCUGCCAGUUGAUAUAGAAUUCCCUUAGUGUUAAUUUUAUUGAUUUGAUUAUGUAGACUGUAGACGAAUAAUUAUUGUAGAUGAUAGUUUGAAUGUAUAGAUUUUAUUGUACCUAUGUAAUUUAUUAUGAGAGGAUAAACGAUCUAUAUGUUGUAUACAAUUGAUUUAAGUAAGUUUGGUAGAAGUAUUUGUCCAAUGUAGAUCGUAAAAUUUGGUGUAAUUUUUUAUAGCAUAGUUUAUUUUAUAAAUAAUCCAACUGAUAUUCUAUUGCUCUAUUCAAAUUGUGCUUUUUUGUCUAAGAAAUAAAAUAGUUGUG